UUUAUAUAGUUAUGUACAUUGCAACUAAUUAUGGUGCUUUAAUUGGCAUUAGUUGUAUAAAUUGACCUGUGAAGAGAGACACUCUAAAAGAUUGCUUUAUUUAAUAAUGAAGGCAAUAGUUGUCAAAGUCGAAUCUUAAUAUCAUACAUUAAUUAUAUGUUGUGGUGGAGAAGUUAUUCUGUUCAUCAGAUCUGAAAGUACAGCCAGCUAGUUUCAUAUCGGUAACUCCCAAAGAAAAUGUUUCUUAGGUUUGUAUAAUAGAAUCUUUUCUGUCAUUAUAAAAGGCUAUUAAGGACAGGCUACACAUAUAUGUGUGCAUUUAAGACUUUGUGACAGUAAUGCAAGACAAUAUAUCCCUAGAAAAUCUUUGCUCCAUCAAUAUUAAUCAUUCCAUUGUACAUCCAAGGAACUGCAGGAAAAUACUGUGGAUGAAAACCUAGUGAUUGUUCACCUCAGAUCCCCAAAUGCCCACUUACCCAAUAUGAGUGCUAGCCAAAAGUAGGUUCAAAUUUGGGACUCGGUCUGUGGAAAUUAACCUAGUUAUUUUAUUCACUUGAGCCAGUUGGCUCUCCUGCAUGAGUAACCUUGACCUUUGCUAUCUAAUCCCCCCCCCCCCCCGAGAAGCACCUGGUGUUUGCUUGGAUAGUUCAUGAUCCAGAUGACACAGGAUGAUCCAAUUCUUUGGCUUUGUUUGCUCAACACACCUAGCCUGGUUACUAAAUUAACAAGAUUUUCUUGCACUGCAUAAUAUACUGAAACAUAGACGUUGGGUUCACACAAUAUGUAAAGCCACAAAUAAACCAAUCCAGAUUUUUUUAAACACUAACCCAGUUGAGUAUGCUAUUUGAAUGCAGUUGCCAGGCUUGCAACUCAUCUGGUUAAGCGUGUUGUGGGGGGAAAAGACUAUGCCUCUGCUUUUUUGUGAUACCAGGCAGAAAGGGAAAAAAGGGGGGGGGGGGGAGAUUAAAGCCUCGUGAGGGAGCCCUAGAAGGCGGUUCUGCAGAAGGCCCCAGAACUCCAGUUUUGCAAGGAGCCGCUUUCUAACAUUCUCAGGAUCCUCCUAUUUUAAUCCCGUCCCCGGUACAAGGGGCUGUUUGGAGGACGGUGGCUUUGACUCGCCGCUAACCGGGCGCAGCAUCAGGCUACACCUUGUUCGAGGAGCAACCCCCACGGCUUUCCCUUCGCUCUCGUCGGGUCUUCAUCCAAGGGAGCCUUCCGCCGACGAGACCGGCUCGAGACGAACAAUUAGAGCCCAGGGAAACAAAUCGCCCGAUUGAGGCGUGCGCCUGCGCGCGCCCAACUCCGGCUGAUACACACACGCGCACAUGCCUUCGCGUCCCUUCUGUUCUGCGGCGGCGAGGGAGGGGGCGAGCCAGAAGCUGAUGCUCUGCGCGCAGGACGCACAAAGAAGCGGGGCGGCCGGGGACGGCGGGCUCGGGCCAGGGCUGCGUCUCCCUCCGUCCUGAAUGGAAGCGCCGCUUGCCCGAGCAGCCCCGGAUCUCCGCUGCCUGCAGACCGGGCGGGCAGAGCGGCGCCGCGCUCAGCUUUCGCGCCAGGGACUGAAAUGCUGCGGGUGGCGGCGCUGAAAGGAAGAAGUUGCUCAGCCGCCUUCGCCUCGUAGCCAACGGGAGGCGAUGCUGCAAGCCACCGCGACCGUCUCCUCGAGUGCUGCCCUGCCGGCGGAAGGCUCCUCGGAGCCCGAGCAGCCCUCGCGCCUGUGAGCAGAGGCUGAGGGGGGACGGCGACGGCGAACGCGAGCGAUUCUGGAGCUCUCACCGGAUUCACCGACGCGCUGCUGCUGCUGCUGCCGCCGCCUUCGGCGGCGGCACUCGAGUCUGGCGUGGUGGAAAAUCUUUGCCCCCCGCGGCUGGCACCCGUGUAGCAGCAGCUUUGGCUUGGUGGAUGUGUAUGAAUGAGUUCUGCACCGAAUGGGCGCAAAAAGCGCCCCAGGUCCACCGGCUCGAUCUUCCAAAUCGGCAAAACGUCGCUGCACAGCAGGGACUGCGAAGGCCGAGACAGCAGCAGCACCGAGGGCGCCCCUAAGACCCAGAGACUAGCCCUGGAUGACUGCAAGAUGCUUGUCCAGGACUUCAACACCCAGGUGGCUCUGUACCGGGAAUUGGUGAUUUCCAUUGGGGAUGUCUCAGUCAGUUGCCCAUCAUUACAUGCUGAAAUGCACAGAACACGAACCAAAGGAUGUGAGAUCGCCUAUCAGGCACACCAAAAGCUCUCUGCAAUCUCUGGCCCAGAAGAUGGUGAAAUUCAUCCUGAAAUCUGUAGACUAUAUAUCCAGUUGCAGUGUUGCUUAGAAAUGUACACAACAGAGAUGCUGAAAUCCAUAUGCCUUCUUGGAUCGCUUCAAAUUCAUCGGAAAGGAAUGGAGACCUGUGCAGCACCCAAGACCGUUGACAGUAAGCUAGAGGAGAGUUCAGAAGCUCCUAUUUUGGAAGACACAUCAUCUUCACCAGUAGAAAUCCAACAACAUUUAUGGCAGGUUUCCACAGAUAUUGAAAACACCGAGAGGGAUAUGAGAGAAAUGAAAAACCUUUUAAGUAAACUCAGGGAGACUAUGCCUUUACCACUGAAAAAUCAAGAUGACAGCAGCCUGCUAAACUUGACUCCUUACCCAUUAGUGCGAAGACGGAAGAGAAGAUUCUUUGGAUUGUGCUGUCUUGUCUCCAGCUAAAUGAUCCAUUUCAGAAGAGCAUAGAUGACUGCAGCCAAUACAAAAUGACCUUUAUUGGGAUCAGUUGAAAUGCUCUAAGUGAUCAUGUGUGUUUUCUACAUGCCCCUAAUUAGAUUUCUUCCCUCCUUUUCAAGAGUUUUACAGUUUGUUGCUGACAAGAACCAAAUUCAGAAACCCAAUUAAACAUCAUCAAGAAUAUUUUUAAACUUUUUUUAAUGGCAUACAGCAUGUCUACUUUAAACCAUUCUGUGAUUAGAUGCAAAUAUUAUGAUUAUUAACUAAAACAUGCAGAUUUUUUAUUUAGCGUACAAGCCACAACCAAUUAUGUACAGUGCAACAGUAUGACUGUAGCUCUUGCUAGUAUGUUAAACAUUUGAACAUAUUCUAUUAAGCAAUCUUAAUCCAUAGAAAACUGUUUAGAACAGCAAAAUUGUGCUUAAAUUCUAAAAUGCUAAAAUAAACAGAGCCAAUAUUGUACGAGAACAUACACACACUCUCCUAUUGCUUUUUGUGCUCUCAUUCAUAUUUAGUCUUCCACUCUAUAUCACAACCUAUACAAGAUCUUCAUAGUACAAUUUCUUAAUUUCUAAUACAUAAGCAACAUAACAUUGAUAUGUUGUUCCUGUAAAUAUGAGAUAAUAUCUACAUAUUGUACAAUGCAUAGGAAUAGCUAUUUUACUUUUUUUAAAGAAAAACCCGAACAUGUAUCUGUUACAACCUUGAGUAGAAAAGUUUAAAAGAUGGUGUGGGAAACAAUAAAAUCCACUGAUGUGAAA